ACUUUUGCCGCCGACCGUGCAAUGUCAUCGGUGCGAUCAGGCGUUCCUUUACUAUGGCGGUUAAAUAUUACUCUAUUAUAUUCCUGGCAGUGAUAUAACCGUCAUCCGUCACCAUAUAAAACUGUAUUUAUCCAACUAUUUACCACUUAUCGCCCUAAUAAAUGUAUUCACCGGGAGAAGCCACUCGCAGUACGAACGCGGCAUCGAGCACACGCGGCUGAAAAAUCGUUGUACCUAAUUAAUUUAUUUUGUGUCGCCGUACAACGGUCGUGUCGCGAUCCCUGAAGUGACGAACGAACGAACAGAAUGUCUGCCAAGAACACGCAAAAUGUAGAGAGUGGCGCGCCGGCGCCCGAGGAGCCCGCCCCAGCCAAGCCGCUGCUCGGGACCAGCUCGAUCCUCGGCCUGUCGGACGUGACCGACAACAAGCUGAUCUGGAGGCAGCUGGUGGCCGAGCUGGUGGGCACCUUCCUGCUCACCUCCAUCGGUGUGGCGUCCUGCAUCGCCAUCGGCGGCACAGCAGGCAACGUCACCAGCAUCGCUCUGGCCUUCGGUCUGCUGGUCGGCACUAUUGUCCAGACGAUCGGGCACGUGUCCGGCGGGCACAUCAACCCCGCGGUGACCUUGGGGCUGCUGGCGGCCGGGGAGGUCAAGAUCAUUAAGGCGCUGUUCUACAUCGUGGUGCAGUGCCUGGGCGCCGUGGCGGGUGCUGCCUUCAUCAGGUUGGCCGUCCCCGACGUUGAAGUGAAGAGUCCUGGGUUCGGCAUGACGCUACCCGGGCAAAACAUCACCGAUGGGCAGGCCGUGCUCAUUGAGGCCCUGAUCACGUUCGUGCUGGUGCUGGUAGUCAACGGCGUGUGCGACAGCCGCCGUAAUGACGUCAAAGGUUCGGCGCCUCUGGCCAUCGGCCUCAGCAUCACGGCCUGCCACGCUGCCUGCAUCCCGUUCACUGGCUCCAGCAUGAAUCCGGCGCGCUCUUUCGGACCAGCUCUCGUCAUGGGCUACUGGGCUAGCCACUGGGUGUACUGGGUGGGCCCCAUCACCGGCGGAGUCAUCGCCGGCCUGGUCUACAGAUACGUCUUCCGCAUCGGGAAGACCGGCGAAUCCGGCUCCUACGACUUUUAAUCUUAUCCCCAAGCAAUAGAGCCUGGUUUCCAAGAACAUGCCUUCCUCGUCUCGAAAACACGCUGGUUUAUUUGAAAAGAUUAUAUCUGACGUCCUAAGCAAAGGUCGUAUGUCAAGAUACGAAAUUAUAGCUUAGCUUUAGAUAUAGUUUUGUCUUACGAACACGCGUGUCUUGCUUAAAAGUACAAAGGUGCUACUCGAAUAUAUUUGUAUUCAAAUUCAAUCGUACAUUGAAUGGCGUU